GAGGAAUUUUUUAUUGGUUUUCAAGAGGAGACAGAAUCAAUCAUUGAUUCCCUUGUGCAUGGACAGAAAGAUCUCACAGUAAUUUCUAUUUCAGGAAUGCCUGGCCAAGGCAAGACAACUUUGGCGAAAAAGGUUUAUAAGGACCCCCAAGUUCAAUAUCAUUUUCACAGAAUUGCUUGGUGUUAUGUCUCGAAUCAGUGUAAAGCUAUAGAGUUGUUGAAGGAGAUUGGGCGUGUUCUCAUUGGUACUAAUAAUGCAUCCAAGCUAGAACUUGCGGAUUUAGUGGACUGGCUAAGAAAAAGUUUUAAGAAAAAAAGAUAUCUCAUUGUAAUGGAUGACAUAUGGGAUGUAGAAUUAUGGUACCAAGUGAAAGGAUCAUUCCCAAAUGAUAGCAAUGGGAGUCGAAUUCUGUUUACAACUCGUAACCAUGAUCUAGCUUCAGGAGUUGAUCUGCAUUGCAUUUCACAUCGUCUUCGCUUGUUUUCCAAGGAAGAAAGUCAAGAAUUAAUGGAAAAGAAGCUAUUCCAGGGCAAUGGCGGAGCUCAAGCAGAACUUUUAGAGAUUUCAAAACUGAUUGCGAGUCUUUGUGAAGGGUUGCCUUUAGCUGUUGCAUUAAGUUCCUCUAUACUUUGCAGGACAGAAAGGCAACCGGAUUUGUGGUUUGAAGUCGCAUUAAAUUUGAAAACUCACCUUGCUAGUGAAGGAUGCGGGAAGGUUAUCGAGUUAAGUUACAAGUAUUUACAGGAUCAUUUGAAAUCAUGCUUUCUGUAUCUUGGAUCAUUUCCAAGAGGGGCUAGUAUUUGUACAAGCGAGUUGAAGCAGCUUUGGAUUGCUGAGGGAUUCAUCAAGGAUGAUGAGAUGCAUUGUUCUGAAGAUUUGGCAAAUGAGUACUUGGAUAAUCUCGUUUCUCAAAACUUAGUUGUGUUGGUUGAAAAGAGUUCAUUGGGUGGGAUCAAGAAAUGCAAUGUUCACGAUUUGUUGUAUGACUUCUGUUUGGAGAAGGCCAAGGAAGAGAAUUUUCUCAGUUGGUCAGAAGAGAGUCUGAUCAUGGAUUCGUGUAAGUUUACUCCACGAAGGUGUAGUCAAUACCGGCUUUCCAUUCGCACUGAUGAUCCAUUCAUCAUGGAGAAAUCAGUCUGCGUGAGAAAGGAAUUACCAACCAGUCAAGUACACUCUUAUCUUUGGUUCCAUCCCACUCAUACUCUAAACUUUUGGUUUGCAGAAAGCUUUCGAGUUCUUAAGGUGUUGAAUUUGGAGCAAGUUUAUCUGGAAUGUGAUAGGUUUCCUCAACUUAUACUGUUCAAUAUUCAUCUUAAAUACUUGGUCUUAAAUUUUGGUUAUCGCCAGAUUGAGUGUAUUCCAUGGUCAAUAGGUAACUUGUGGAACCUUGAAACUCUGAUCGUGAUAGCAAAACAACUUGAUGACCCGUUACCAGAUUCCAUGUGGAAGAUGAAAAGGCUAAGACACGUUAAACUAUGUCGAUUUAGACUUGGGCUUUGGUCAGAAGAAUUUGGGGAAAAUGAUUCCUUCAUGGGAAAUCACAUUGAGACACUUGGUGAGUUAGACCUUGGCCUUUAUGAUAGCAAGACAACUGAGUUUUUAAGAAAGUUGCCAAAUCUUAAGAAGUUGCAUUGUCACAUUGAAGAUAAAGAGCGCUUUCGCAUGUGGUUUUCCCUGUUUGGAUCUUUAACGCAACUGCAAUCGCUGUUCAUUGAUGGCGAUUUCUAUGAGCCGCCUUCGUCUGUAAGUCCCCCUCCAUUCAACUUUUCUAAGAACCUUAAGAAGUUGUCAUUAUGGGGACUGUAUAUACCCUGGAGUAGAAUGUCAAUGAUCGCGAAGGUAUUACCGGAUCUUCAUGUUCUCAAACUAGCAAAUGAAGCAUGUGUAGGAAGCAGGUGGAAUUUGGAAGAUGGAGACUUUCCAAAACUCAAGUAUCUGAAGCUAGACCAUUUGAAUGUUGAAGAAAUGGAUGCGUCUGGCUGUGAUGAUAACCCCUUCCCUUGUCUUGAGCAACUGUUUGUGAAAAACUGUCACAAGCUCAAGGACAUUCCUUCCUUUUUCGAAGAGAUUUAUACCUUAAAGACCAUCCAAAUGAUCGGAAGCUCUUGUGAAGCUAAUGAUUCUGCGAGGCGAAUUUUGAGUAGCCAGCAAGAGAUGGGGAACAAUGACCUUCAAGUAUUCAUCCUACGCGAGUCCAAUUCUAACACGUACAGAUUGUCGCAUGUAGCUGACAACAACUUGAAGCUCCCGGAUUGGAGGACUAACCUUCUACCUGAUUCUCGGAGGAGAAUUAGAAAUAAAAUAAUGGAGACUUUGUGGAGGUGUGUCCCUUUUUUCUGUGGAUCAGGGGAGUUAAAAGAGAUCAAGAAAAUUGCCACAAAGUUCGAGGACAAGAUAUAUACCGUAGCAACAAGCCAGGAAGAAUAUUUAAGAAAGAUUUCUUUGAAGAUGUUAACUAUGGAGGAAAACAGGACCCCCCACUACAUAGUACCGUAAGCAAAUCAAUGCUGAUUCUGCAAAUUUCAGUGGUGGAGUUUGGCUCUUUGGUAUCAAUGAAAGACAGAAAAAGCUCUUUCCUUUCUGC